AGGAGGGCAAUUCUGUGCGUAAGAGGAUGCUGGAGAGUCUCCAGCCUGCGCCAGGUCCCCCGCGUGACGAACUUGAUCCCGGAGAGAAACUUCACGAAUGCAGGAAAACCUUCAGCCUGAGACAGACCUCUGCAGAGCAUAAGACGGUGCACGGUGGGGAGAAAGCACACGCUUGCACCGAGUGCGGCAAAGAGUUUCCCCCGGGCUCGUCCCUCACUCUCCACCUGAGAAGUCACGCGCGGAGGAAGCCGCCCGCGUGCGGGAGCUGCGGGGCAGCGGGCAGCCAGAGGGGACGCCGCCUUUCCCAUCAGAAACAGCCCGCCGCGGAGAAAGCCCGGGAGUGUGAGAAAACGUCCGUUUCUGGCGAGGGUUGCGCGGGCAAGAAGCCGUUUGCGCGCAGGGAACGCGGGGAGGCUCUCGGCGGCACGAAGGUUCGCGCCGGGGAGAAGCCGUUCGCGUGCGGCCAGUGUGGAAGAGCCUUCAGCCAGAGGCAGUACCUCGUUAAACACCAGAACACCCACAGCGGGAAGAAGCCCUUUAGGUGCGACGAGUGUGGCAAAGCUUUCAGCCAGAAAGAGAACCUGGUCAUACACCGGAGAAUCCACACCGGGGAGCGGCCGUACGCGUGCGAAGGGUGCGGCAAGGCGUUCAUCCAGAAGUCGAGCCUCAUCCGACACCGGCGGAGUCACACCGGGGAGAAGCCGUACGCGUGCAAGGAGUGCGGGAAGGCCUUCAGCGGCAAGUCCAACCUCACGGAGCACGAGAAGGUUCACGCCGGGGAGAAGCCCUACAAGUGUAACGAGUGUGGCACCAUCUUCAGGCAGAGGCAGUACCUCCUCAAGCACCACAACAUCCACACGGGCGAGAAGCCCUACGAGUGUCACAAGUGCGGCAAGGCCUUCUCCCGGAUCACGUCGCUCAUCGUGCACGUGAGGAUCCACACGGGCGACAAGCCCUACGAGUGCAAGGUGUGCGGCAAGGCCUUCUGCCAGAGCUCGUCCCUCACCGUGCACAUGAGGAGCCACACGGGCGAGAAGCCGUACGGCUGUACCGAGUGCGGGAAGGCCUUCUCGCAGUUCUCCACCCUGGCCUUGCACAUGAGGAUCCACACCGGUGAGAAGCCUUACCAGUGCGGUGAGUGUGGCAAGGCCUUCAGCCAGAAGUCACACCACGUUCGACACCAGAGAAUUCAUGUUCACUAG